GUGGGGAGUGAAGAUGGACAGAUCCAGAUAUGUCACUGUCUUGGAGGGGAGUGAUGUUGAACUCCACUGCAGAUUUCAGUUUCCAAAUGAACACAAAUAUGUAAACUCUUUUUGGUUCAGAUAUGGAUUUAAAGCUUUCUGUCCUGGAGGUGACCCUGAUGAGAAUGAGGUAGUACUGUACAAGGACAGGUUUUAUCUGGCUGGGAAUAUCCAAGACAAACAGUGCACCUUAGGAAUCCGAAAUGUAAGCAGUCGUGAUGCUGGCAGAUACUGCUUCAGAUUUAAAACCGAUAAAAAUUUCUGGAGUGAUCGAUGGGGAGUAUAUCUUCAUGUGAAAGUGAUUCCAAAGUCAAUCAGUAUCAACAUUCCUGCAAGGCUUCAGGAUGGCAUCCCAGCUGUCAUCAUCUGCACUGCUUCAGACGUCUUUCCAGAAGACAUGGCUGAAAUCCAUUUCUGUAACGAUAUUAUUAGAGGAAAAGAAGUGAGGUCUUAUAAUGAAGAUGGAAAAUUUACACUGAAUGUAACUGUUACCUUUAUACCAACACUGGCUCAUCAUCAGAAAGUGUGCACUUGUAGUGUGACCCACAGUUACCGUAAUCGUGCAGUGCAAACCAGUGCUACCCUGGAUGUACAAUAUGAACCAAGAGAAGUGAAAAUCUCAGUAUCUUCAAAUGGAACUAUAAAGGAAGAAGGGAGUGUUGAAUUCAACUGCACAGCAGAUUCCAAUCCAGUUAUUACUGGCUACAAAUGGUAUAAAGUGACUGAGAAUGGCUCCCUUCAUGACCUGAAUUCCAAUUCAAGUGAACUGCAUCUGUCUUCUGUUUCCCGAAGACAACGUGGGAAGUAUUCUUGUCAAGUGCAAAAUGCAGUUGGGAUGAAAGAUGCUGAAGCCUUACUCACUGUUCUCUACCCCCCUGAAAUACAGAGUCCAACUUCCUGCUUUAGCUCUCAAAAUAACAGGAUCUGCAGGGUAUGCGUCAGUGAUGCCAACCCUGCUGCCAACAUCACAUGGUUAAUGAGAACCUCGGAGAACAGAACACUGGUAGCUGACUGGCAGGUUAAUGGCACCAGGAGUGAAUCAAGGGUGGAGGUGGAGAAGAUACCAAUGGAGCUCUUCUGCAUAGCCACAAACAUGUAUGGACUGCAACAUAUUAUAGAGAACAUCACAAAAGACAGCCUGGAGAUGAGUGUGGUUGUUGGUGUAGGAAUAGGAGUGCUUUUGUUCGUACUCUUCCUCAUUGUUGGGGUGCUAGUCCUUUGCAACAGAACUAAAGCCAAAAACAAACCAGACUCCAACGGAGAUCCAGUUGCUGUUAUUGAAGCAGAGUAUGCAGAGAUCACAAAGCUAAAGGCUCCUCAGGAAUCAAAGUCAGAAACUGCAAAUGACUUUAAAAACUUUGAAGAAGAAGGCCUUGUCUAUGCAAAUAUUGCAUUUCCUCAACAACAGACUAACAAACAAAUUCAAGAUGCAUCAAUAAGUAUGAUAGAAUAUGCAACUGUGACCUUCAAAUGACCCUGAACGCUAGCCUGCUGAUGCAGAAUCAUUGCAGUGCUGACUCUUGUCAUUUACUGCGCAUGAAGAAAUAUCCUUAGAGGUUUCUGCAGUGAUAUUUCAAUAACUACAUUUGGAUCAGAUGAACUGGUGACUAUGUAUCUGUGACAGUGACUCAAAGACUUCUGUUACUCACUGCCAAUAGAUUUCUAUGUAUAUAUGUACCUUGCACAUUCCACAAAAAUUAUCUUUCUAUGUUUCUGUGUGUGUGUGUGUGUGUGUGUGUGUGUGUGUGUGUGUGUGUGUGUG